GAAUUAUUUUAAGAUGAAUAUUGAUUCAACCAAAGUUUUGAAUGGAAAACAAAUAUUCUACUUGAAUGCUACAAAAAAAAAUCGUCGCUAAGGAUGAUAUCGAUUUAACAAUUCAACAACCAAAGUAACUCAAAGUUUUUGAUUAUAAUUCAAGUCUAAUUAAUUUUUUUUUGUAGUUAAAAAUGACUGGAUCUUUGGAGCCAACGCUAUUAGAAAAAAGAAUUUCAGAUGCAUUUGACGUAUUUGACAAUGCUCGAAGCCAUGAAGUUGAUGUUAGGGAAUUGGGUACAAUAAUAAGAUCACUGGGAUGUGUGAUAAGUGAAGCAGAGUUACAAGAGAUUCAGGUUGAAGUUGAAGAUGUAGAAAAUAAUUGCGUGACACAGGAAAGAUUCGUUGAAUAUAUGGCCAAAGCAAUAUGUGAACAAAAAUUCAAACCAGCAGAUCCUGAAGAUUUGUUGCAAGCAUUCCAACUCCUGGACCCAGAUAAUCAUGGGUAUAUUAUGCGUGCUGACAUGGAAAAAGCAUUGAUGGAAAUCGGGGAACCUUUUACCAAAGAAGAAAUCGAUGAAAUGAUGUCUGUAGCAUGCGAUCCGGUGACUAACAAAAUAAACUAUGAACUUUACAUCAAUUCACUUAUUGUUGAUGAUUAAACUAUUAAAACUUACAACAUAAUCCAAGCCUUCUUGAGUUGGGCGAUCUCGAGAAUACACCAUCGUCAUUUUAGUUGCUUGGACGGCUACUGGACUUUUUUUUGAAAUUUCCUCAGCAAGCGC